UCAUAAUAGGCGAACAACUGAACCCCUCUUUCGUUCUUUUGAUUCCUCGUCUUGCAGACUGUCACCUCUCUCUUAUUCCUUCUCUGCGUUUCUAAGCUUUCUGUUUUUUGAGUUUUGAUUUUUCUUUUUUUCUUUUUCUCUUUUUUGAAAUAACUGAGGUUUAUACUUCCUCUUGGAUUUGAAUAGAAAUAAUGGCUGCAAGGGCUUCAAGGAGAUUAUUGAAAGAAUUUUUGUACAAAAGAGUAAUUUCAGCUCCUGUUAGAGGUGUUAGACAUUGCUCUUCUGCUACAGAAACUCCUCCUAAAAUCCCUCACUUCUCCAGAAAAGGGAGACUAUUCACAGGACUCACUAUAGGACUCUUUAUAGCUGGAGGAGCUUAUGUCAGUACAGUCGACGAAGCAACUUUCUGUGGUUGGCUAUUUGACGCAACAAAAGUAGUGAAUCCAUUUUUUGCUCUUUUAGAUGCUGAGGUUGCUCAUAAACUUGCUGUAUCAGCUGCAGCUCGUGGUUGGGUUCCAAAGGAAAAGAGGCCUGACCCAUCCAUUUUAGGGUUGGAGGUUUGGGGAAGGAAAUUUUCUAAUCCUGUAGGUCUUGCUGCUGGUUUUGAUAAAAAUGCUGAAGCUGUUGAAGGCUUGCUUGGGUUGGGUUUUGGGUUUGUUGAGGUUGGCUCUGUUACACCUGUUCCACAGGAGGGUAAUGCAAAGCCACGCAUUUUCAGAUUGCGUGAGGAAGGUGCAAUUAUCAAUCGCUGUGGGUUUAACAGUGAAGGCAUUGUUGCUGUUGCAAAGCGAUUGGGUGCUCAACAUGGAAAGAGGAAGUUGGACGAAACUUCAAGCACUUCAUCUUCGCCAAGUGGUGAUGUCAAACAUGGAGGCAAAGCUGGACCUGGCAUUCUUGGGGUCAAUCUAGGAAAGAACAAGACAAGUGAAGAUGCUGCUGCAGAUUAUGUUCAAGGGGUUCAUACAUUAUCCCAGUAUGCCGAUUACUUGGUUAUUAAUGUUUCAUCGCCCAAUACUCCCGGAUUGCGUAUGCUUCAGGGAAGAAAGCAAUUAAAGGACCUUGUGAAGAAGGUUCAAGCUGCCCGUGAUGAAAUGCAAUGGGGUGAAGAAGGUCCACCUCCUUUGCUUGUGAAGAUUGCACCUGACUUGUCCAAGGAAGACCUUGAAGACAUAGCAGCAGUUGCUCUUGCACUCCGCUUGGAUGGACUGAUUAUAUCAAAUACAACCAUAUCAAGGCCAGAUCCCGUAAGGAAGUACGCAGUGUCUAAGGAAUCAGGUGGUUUAAGCGGCAAACCUCUAUUCAAUCUAUCGACCAACAUCUUAAAAGAGAUGUAUAUUUUGACAAGGGGAAAGAUUCCUUUAAUUGGCUGUGGUGGUAUAAGCAGUGGCGAGGAUGCUUAUAAGAAAAUCCGAGCUGGAGCGACUCUUGUUCAGCUCUAUACAGGGUUUGCCUAUGGGGGACCUGCUCUAAUUCCUCGAAUAAAGGCUGAACUGGCUGAAUGCUUAGAAAGAGAUGGUUUCAAGUCAACCCUUGAAGCAGUUGGUGCAGAUUACAGAUAAUUCUGUGUCCACAUCUUUUAAGAAUGAGGGAGAAGACAAUUUCUUUGCAUAGGCAACACCAUACAAAAGGUUCUAGAGCUGUCUUUGUUUCAUUUAUUUAACAAAUAAUCAAUUAGCAAUACCUUGUUACUGCAGUUUUAUUUUGUCUUCCCCUCUCAAGAUAUUUGUUUUCUGUUUUCGCUUCUCCUUUAUCUCUGUUUUGGCCAGAGUGGAGAUGUUUUUGACUUGUCACAUAUAAGAGCAAUUUAUUGAAUAGGAAAUAGUUGGAAAAACAUGUCCAUUUUCUAUAAGAUAAGGAACAUGUUCGUAAUUGAUACAUGCUUUGAUAUUGCUGAAAUGUCAAUUUGGUAUAGCCAAAUGUGGAUGAACUUUAAAGGAGUGACUGAUCUGGUAAGGAUCUUUUCUUCUUCGCCAAAAGGAAGGGAUACAAUGCUUCUCGCGAAAUAUACAAAAGAACAGUAUGAGAAACCAAUAAUGUAAACUCACUGUGUUUUUGGUUUGAUCGGCUGUAAUAGAAUAUAAUGCAAUUUAGUGAAAUGUAUUUUUAAUAAAAUGUUUUUAUUAAAUAUG